AUGGACAAAUAUCUUCGCGAAUGGCGCCAGGAAGCCCUCAAUCGGUGCCAAUACGAUACAGCCAUAUUCGUCGCGGAUAAGCUGCUGGCCCUCACAGAUGACGAUCAAGAUGCAUUCUGGCUUGCGCAGGUACACUUUACCACGGGCAACUAUAAUCGAACACAGUCACUUCUAGCACGCGGGAACCUCGUCGAGCGCACUCCACAAUGCCGAUACCUCGCUGCGCAUUGCUCCAUUAAGCUGGGGAAGAUGGAAGAGGCACUGCAGAUACUAGGCGACAAGAACCCUACUCAUCUCAUCUCGGCGCCGGGCAGCGCACGCACAAAACUGCGGCAUGUUGAUGUCAACACACGGGCAGGCGCAAGGCACAACAAGGCGGGUUCGCGAACCGACCGGCUACCAACUAGUGAGGAACGCGAUAGGGAAGAUGUUAACAAUAUCAAGUCGGAAGCCGGCAUGUGCUACCUGCGCGGUGUAUGCUUUGCGAAGCAGAAUUCCUUCGAUCGAGCCAAAGAGUGCUACAAGACGGCGGUACAGAUCGAUGUGCAGUGCUUCGAAGCAUUCGACGCCCUCAUGUCCAAUUCUCUCAUGGCACCUGAUGAGGAGUGGAAGUUCCUCGAGUCGCUCAACUUCGACACCAUCAACGUCUCCAACAACCCUUCGCUAUCACAAGAAGCUGCCUCCUUCACGAAGACGCUAUACACGACACGCCUGUCCAAGUACACGCGACCUGAAGAGUUCGCCAGCGCCACCGAGACCCUCACCACUCACUACCACCUCGGCGAGAACCCUGAUAUAGUCCUUUCCAAGGCCGAUCUUACGUUUACCCUAUGCCGUUUUCGCGAUACCCUUGCCCUCACAUCUUCCGUCCUUGCCAACGACAAAUACAACUUCAAUAUCAUGCCUAUACACAUAGCCUCCCUGCAUGAACUCGGCGAAAAGAACACCCUCUUCCUGCUUGCCCACGAGCUUGCGGAUACAAAUCCAUCGGAACCUUGCUCAUGGUUUGCAGUCGGCACAUACUACCUCGCCAUUGGUCGCAUAGCAGAAGCGCGCCGUUACUUCUCCAAGUCAUCAAUGAUGGAUCCUCACUUUGGUCCAGCGUGGAUAGGUUUCGCGCACACCUUUGCCGCAGAGGGCGAGCACGACCAAGCCAUCUCUGCCUACUCGACCGCCGCGCGCCUCUUCCAAGGCUCACAUCUCCCCCAGCUAUUCCUCGGCAUGCAGAACCUACAAUUGAACAACCUCAGCCUGUCAAAAGAGUACCUCAAAACAUCAUACGAACUGUGUGAGAACGAUCCCUGCCUUCUUAACGAGAUGGGCGUUGUCUGCUUCCACGAGGGACAGCUACCAGACGCCAUACAAUUCUUCCGCCGCGCACUCGCCUUCUCAGAGCAGAAUGAAGCAGAUCCCGACACCUGGAUUCCCACGCGGAUAAACCUCGCCCAUGCUCUGCGCAAGGACGAACAGUACAACGAGGCGCUUGCCAUGUUCGAUGAAGUAUUGCGCCACGGCAUAAAAGACCCCAGCGUCUUUGCCGCAAAGGCCCUCGUACUACUAAACAUGAACCGCACCUGGGACGCCAUCGUCACGCUCCACGAAGCCCUCGCCGUCGCACCACAAGAUCCCAUGGCCACCGACCUUCUUAACCGCGCGCUCGAAGUCAACGAGUCGGAAAGCGGACUUCUUGAGUUGGGACCAUCGGCUAAUUCGGCGGCCAUAGAAGAUGCGGAUGAGAGCGAAGCCAUCGAAGAACUAGAGAGGAAGAUGAACGGCAAACUGCGCGAAAUCGAGCAGAAUCGCGUUGCGGGACGGACGGGGCGUAGAAGACGACAUGCGCAGGGUAUGGGUGCUGAGGAUUCGAGUGCGUUUGGGGAGAGUAUGGUGGUUGAUUCGGAUGAGGGCUAG